UCGUUCGCGCCCUGUCGACGCGUCACUUCUCGAGGCACUCCUCGCGAACAUUCUCCACAAAAACCGUCGUCGCACCUCCAAGGUCGUUCCGACACACCGCCCACCGCUUCCGACUCUCGCCAUUACUCAACCCAACGAAAUGUCUUGCUUCGUGUGCUGGACAUGCGUCCCCCAGGGCACCAUCCAGGUCAUCCAAGAGCGAGGCAAGUUCAAGAAGUUCGCCGAUCCGGGUUGCCACUGGGUGAUUCCGUGCCUCUGCCAGGACGUGGCGGGCGCGCUCUCCACCCGCGUCCAGGCCCUCGACGUCGCCGUCGAGACCAAGACCAAGGACAAUGUCUUCGUCACCAUCAUCGUGUCCACCCAGUACAUGGUCCUCCGCGAGUCCUCCCGCAUGUACGACGCCUUCUACAAGCUCACCGAUUCCAGGGAGCAGAUCCGAUCCUACAUCUUCGACGUCGUCCGCUCGACGGUGCCCAGGAUCAACCUCGACGACGUCUUCACCACCAAGGAAGAGAUCGCCAUCGAGGUCAAGAACAUGCUCGAGAAGGCCAUGACCGAGUUCGGCUACACCAUCAUCCAGACCCUCGUCACCGACAUCGCGCCCGAUCACAAGGUGAAGACGGCGAUGAAUGAGAUCAACGCCGCGCAGCGAGCCCGCGUCGCCGCGCAGGACCGCGCCGAGGCUGAGAAGAUCAUGGUCGUCAAGGCGGCGGAGGCGGACGCGGAGGCCAAGUACCUGGCGGGUACCGGUAUCGCGCGUCAGAGGCAGGCCAUCAUCAACGGCUUGAGGGAGAGCGUGGUGCACUUCCAGCAGGACAUCACCGACAUCACCUCCAAGGACGUCAUGGAGAUGAUGAUGAUGACCCAGUAUUUCGACACCAUGCAGCACAUCGGUUCCUCCGCCGGUAACAGCACGAUCUUCGUGCCGUCCGGCCCCGGCGCGGUCGCGGACGCCGCCACCGCGGUCCGCACCGGAAUCAUGCAGGGUAACCUCGCGUCGGCGGCGGCCACCCGGUAAACUCACGCGACGGACGAGGACGACCAGUCGCACGCAUAACACUUACGAUGGGGGCGAAAGUCACCGUCGCGGCGGUGCACACGCGCAGCGAAAGACGUAGAGCGCGCCGACUCGUCAUCGGCCCACGGUAGAUAGACAUUGUUCAUUUGAUUGAUAAAUAAGAGCGACCGUGCAUUCACGAGACCGAGGCUUGGCCCUCCUCGAAUCGUUCGGACGUCGCGAAUGAAUGCUCACCUU